AAUCAUCUUCAUACGUACCUUAAUUAUCUUCGUCAAAUUCAAAAUAAAAAUUUCAAAUUAAUAAUUCCUCAAUUAACCUUCAUCCUCUUCAUCUAUGCAACAUCCAAAAGAAAAAUCCCAAAUUAAAAAUUUAGGGUUUGAUUAAAAUUCAAGAAAAAAAUAAAACCUUGUUUCCUUCCAUCUAUGGCACGCCUUCUUCUGUGCCAAAAAGCAACAACCCGUAACCACCGUUGUAAGCCUUUGCACAGAGCACUGCAAUUGUACGGCGUUUCCGUCGUCGGAAUUUUUUGCCGCCGAUCUAGGUCAAUUUCAAUCCCUAGAACCAAAGCAAUGGAAAAAUCAUCACAAACCGAAGAACAAUCACAAUCACACGAUUCUUCAACUUCAUCACAUGAUCGCCAAAACUGGAAAACUGAGCAAAAUAUUCUGAAGGAAAAAUUGAUCACAGAGGAUAAUUUCACGUGGAAAUUACCACCAAGUACAUCACAAGAAUUGAGAUACGUUGGUGGUUGUGAUAUAAGCUUCUCAAAACAUGAUCCAUCAUUGGCUUGUGGUACACUUGUAGUUUUGGAUUUUCACACUCUCGAAGUUGUUUAUCAGGAUUUCUCUUUGGUUACUUUGAAUGUCCCUUAUGUGGCUGGAUUCCUUGCCUUUCGAGAGGCUCCAGUUAUUCUAGAUAUUCUGGAGAAAAUGAAAAGGAGUGAUAAUCCUUUCUACCCUCAGUUGCUAAUGGUUGAUGGAAAUGGAAUACUUCAUCCCAGAGGUUUUGGCCUGGCCUGUCAUAUUGGAGUUACGGCCGAUCUUCCAACGAUCGGAGUUGGAAAGAACUUGCAUUGUGUGGAUGGUCUCAAUCAAUCUAGAGUGAGAAAACUUCUUGAAGCCAAAGAAAACACUUCCAAAGAUUUUGUUACUUUGGUGGGUUGCUCUGGACGUACAUGGGGAGUGGCCAUGAGAUCUACACAGGGAUCCGUAAAGCCAAUAUUCAUAUCAAUUGGUCACAGGAUAUCACUCCAGACUGCCACUGCGAUUGUUCAAAUGACUUGCAAGUAUCGUGUCCCUGAGCCAAUUAGGCAGGCUGAUAUAAGAUCCAGAGACUACAUUCGGAAGUUUGAAAUGAAUCCCAAACUGAGAUUGCUUUCAGAAUGAAAAGUUUGGCCAGAUAAAUGGACAUGGAGUUAGCUAUGUGAGAUGAUGAUAACAAGUUUGGCUAGUUGGCUCAAGGGACAUAAACAAACUUGAUAAAACCACUUUAAACUAAUUAAAUACAAAGAUGGGGAACCUUUUUUUAUGAAGAUAAUGUCCUAUGAAAAAGCUUUAAUUUAAAAUGAAAAAUACUGGUCAGUAUACUUUGUUCAUACAUGUAAAUGUAACAUAGCUAAUCUAUUACUUAGGUCACCUCUAAAAAAAAAGGUUGGAGACCUUGUAGAAGAGAAGACCUAAAGCUUUUGUAAAUGUAACACUUGCUAGUAUAUAAUAAGGAUCACAUUGAUUGUUUUGUUUGCUCUCA